AUGCAGACCGCCGUGGUGGCGGUGGUGGCGCUGCUGCUCCCCCUCUCCGCCUUGCUGCGCUUAGGCUGCUUAGCCACGGCCACGGCCGCCGCCGACACCAACCAGACCAGCAGCGGCAACGACACGAGCUGCGCGCCGGCGAGAUGCGGAGGCCUGAACAUCACGUACCCGUUCUCGCUCGCCGGCGUGCAUCCGCUGGAGUGCGGCUACCCGGCCUUCGGGCUGACAUGCGACGCUGCUGCUGGCAGGGCCUACCUCAGCUGGACGUUCAGGGUGAACCUGUACCGCGUGCUCAGCAUAUCCUACGACAACCGCUCCAUGCUUGUGGCGGUGGAGACCGCCUUCUCCGGCGACGGGGCGUGUAGAAUCCCGGACUUCAACGUGUCCUCUGGCCUCGGCCUCUUCCCGGUCAACAUCAGCGCCACCAACAGGGACGACCUCACCUUCGUCUACAACUGCAAGAUUCCUCGCAACGAGCUGCUGACAGGGCCAUGUGCCAAGCACGAAGUUGGAGCUUACAUCUCCGAGAGGCCGGGCGACGUGGAGAGCAGCCGGCCGCAGUGGGUUCAGGCGAACUGCAGCUCCGCGAGCGUGCCGGUGCGCGGGUUCCAAGAUGGGAUGAACCUGACUCGUGAGUCCGUGUACGAGUCAUUGAUCAGCGAUGGUUUCCUCCUGGACUGGCCCACGCUUGGAGACUGCGAUGCGUGCAAACUGAAAGGAGGGCAGUGCAGGUUCUUCGAGCUUUCCUUCCAAUGCGUCAAUUCGUCGACUUCUUCCCGUGGCGGCACAAAGAGUCUUGGGCUCAAAAUUGCAGGAGGAAUGGGAGCAGCUCUUCUGUGUGUGAUCAUACUGAGCAUUGGGUUUCUCCUCAUGCUACACAAGCGAAGGAAGAGGAAGCGAUCUGCGUCACUGGCCGGGCUCAUCCGUGAAGGAACGCCAUUGGCAUCGCUCAGGAAAGAGUUGAGCAUGACGGGGUCGCCGCGUACGCACAUCUUCACUUACGAGGAGCUCGACGAGGCCACCGAUGGCUUCAGCGACGAACGCGAGCUCGGCGUCGGCGGCUUCGGCACAGUGUACAAAGGGACUCUGCGGGACGGGAACGUGGUGGCGGUGAAGCGGCUGUACAAGAACAGCUACAAGAGCGUGGAGCAGUUCCAGAACGAGGUGGAGAUCCUGUCGCGGCUGCGCCACCCGAACCUGGUGACGCUCUACGGCUGCACCUCGCCGAGCAGCAGCCGCGACCUGCUCCUCGUCUACGAGUACGUCCCCAACGGCACGCUGGCCGACCACCUCCACGGCGCGCGCGCCUCGGCCUCGGCCUCGGCGGCGGGGUCCGACCCCGCGCCGCCGCCGCCGCUGACGCUCUCGUGGCCCGUCCGCCUGGGCAUCGCCGUGGAGACGGCGAGCGCGCUGGAGUACCUCCACGGCGUGGAGCCGCAGCAGGUAGUGCACCGCGACGUGAAGACCAACAACAUCCUCCUGGACGAGGCGUUCCACGUGAAGGUGGCCGACUUCGGGCUGUCCCGGCUGUUCCCGGCGCACGCCACGCACGUGUCCACGGCGCCGCAGGGCACUCCCGGGUACGUCGACCCCAUGUACCACCAGUGCUACCAGCUCACCGACAAGAGCGACGUGUACAGCUUCGGCGUCGUGCUGGUGGAGCUCAUCUCCUCCAGGCCCGCCGUGGACAUGAGCCGCGCCCGCGCCUGCGGCGGCGGCGACGUCAACCUGGCCAGCAUGGCCGUGCACAUGAUCCAGUGCUACGAGAUCGACAGCCUCGUGGACCCGCGGAUCGGGUACCGGACGGACGGCGGGACGAAGCGCGCCGUGGACCUCGUCGCCGAGAUGGCGUUCCGGUGCCUGCAGCCGGAGCAGGACGUCAGGCCGCCCAUCAGUGAGGUGCUGGACGCGCUGAGAGAGGCGCAGAGGAUGGAGCAGGAUGGGUGCGCCGUCAAGGCCAAGGAUGACAUGGGGUUGCUGAAGAAGAGCAGGGACGGCUCGCCGGACUCCGUCAUGUAUCAGUGGACCAGCCCAUCCACCACUACCCAUAACAGCAGUUGA